CUUUACCCUGUAGUUGGCCUAAAAUUGCUUGCAGGACGUUGGUGGUCCAAAGCCAGGUUUCUGUUUGUUACUAUGAUAGGAUAUAUAAUGCACUUCUGCUUUUUCCACUAUGUAACUGGUCUGUCAGUUGUAGGUGCUAUCUUUUGCAACAUAACUGUGCGCACAGUUUUUGCCAUUCCUUACAUCCACGUCAACAUUUUUGAACACAUUGGUUUACCUAUGUACGAUGUCAAAAAGCGUCCCAAGAGACUGUACCAGAUGGCAUCAUCAGCGCUUAGUCUUCCCCGUAAUCCUCUACUUGAUUUCUCCUUUGGUCACUCAGUAAUCAGCUGUCAUGUGGAGCAUCAUUUAUUUCCACAACUGUCCGAUAACAUGUGCCUAAAGAUCAAACCUGUGGUAUCCAGUUACCUUAAGAGCAAUGGCCUCCCCUAUCAUGAAGCACCUUAUCUCAGCCAGCUGUGGAAAUUUUACAACAAUUAUGAUGAACUUAUGGUCAAAGCACCACCAAUCACAGAGUUAAUUGGUAUCCAGUAAAGCAGUAAUUUAAUAGUUUUCAAGAGCAGAUGGCUUUCCCACUUAACUAACAAAUGUGCACUAUCUUGUUAAUUGCAGUUGUGAACAGUGUAACUGCUAACAAGUUGCUUGUAACUCAGAACUGUAAGGUGUAAAUUGUGCAUCAUUUAGGUUGGUUUAAGAAGAGUCAUUCAAGACUUCAUAUAAAUAAUUCCUUCUUAAUUCAACAACUUUUAAUGGACUUUCUAUUGAAUAUUACUUUCAAAGAGUUCCCUCACCA